UUCUGAAGUUAACCAUGAUGUCUGUGAAAAUGACAGCAGCCCUGCUUCUGCUCCAGAUGAGUAGCUUCUUUGGAACUGGGAAUGGUGGGAAGGUGCUGGUGUGGCCAAUGGAGUUCAGCCAUUGGCUCAACUUAAGAACAAUCCUAGAUGAGCUUGUGAAGAAGGAUCAUGAAGUGAUGGUUCUGAAACCAUCGGCCUCAUUUUCUUAUGAGGUUGACAAUACAUCUGCUAUUGAAUUUGAGACUUAUCCUACAACAUACUCUCUAUCUGAGUUAGAUGAAAUUUUCUGGGAAUCACUCAGAAAAUAUAUUUAUGAGCUGCCAAAGCAGUCAUUUUUUGGAUACUUUUUAAUGUUUCAAGAAAUGAUUUGGGUAGAUUCAGAUUUUUUUGAGACUCUCUGCAAAGAUGUAAUUUUUAACAUAGAACUCAUGACAAAGCUACAAAACUCUAGCUUUGAUGUCAUUCUGGCAGAUCCUUUCAUUCCCUGUGGUGACCUGCUGGCCGAGAUUCUCAAGAUACCCCUUGUCUACAGUCUCCGCUUCUUUCCUGGCUCCACAUAUGAAAAGUACAGUGGAGGACUGCCACUGCCUCCUUCCUAUGUGCCUGUUGCUCUGUCAGAACUGAGUGAUAGAAUGACAUUCAUGGAGAGAGUGAAAAAUGUCAUCUAUACACUGUGUUUUGACUUUUGGUUCCAAACAUUUAAUGAGAAGAGGUGGAAUCAGUUUUACACUGAAGUAUUAGGAAAACCCACGAAACUCACAGAAACUAUGGCAAAGGCAGACAUAUGGCUCAUUAGGACCUACUGGGAUCUGGAAUUUCCUCAUCCUGUCUUACCAAAUUUUGAGUUUGUUGGUGGACUCCACUGCAGACCUGCCAAGCCCCUGCCUAAGGAAAUAGAGGACUUCGUCCAGUCAUCUGGAGAACACGGUGUUGUGGUGUUUUCCCUGGGGUCCAUGGUGGGCAGCCUAACAGAAGAAAGGGCCAAUAUGAUUGCAGCAGGCCUUGCCCAGAUUCCACAGAAGGUUCUGUGGAGAUUUGAAGGAAAGAAGCCAAAAACCUUGGGACCCAACACUCGUCUGUACAAAUGGAUCCCCCAGAAUGACCUUCUAGGUCAUCAAAAAACCAGAGCUUUUGUAACUCAUGGUGGCACCAAUGGCAUCUAUGAGGCGAUCUACCAUGGGAUACCUGUAGUUGGCAUUCCUUUGUUUGCAGACCAAUAUGACAAUAUUGUUCACUUGAAGACCAAAGGAGCAGCUAUUAAACUGGACUUUCUCACAAUGUCCAGUACAGAUUUGUUCACUGCACUGAAGACAGUCACUAAUGAACCUUCCUACAAGGAGAAUGCCAUGCGGUUAUCAAGAAUUCACCACGAUCAGCCAGUGAAGCCCCUGGACAGAGCAGUCUUCUGGAUUGAAUAUAUCAUGCGCCACAAAGGAGCCAAGCAUCUUCGUGUGGCAGCUCAUGACCUCAACUGGGUUCAAUACCACUCUCUGGAUGUGCUUGGGUUCCUGCUGGGCUGUGUGGCAACUGUGGUGUUCAUCCUCACAAAGUCUUGCCUCUUUUGUUGUCAGAAGUUUACUAAAACUGGAAGGAAGAAGAAAAGGGAGUAGCUGAACUGAGGAAGACAAACACAGGGACCUCCUCAGUGCAUCACAGAAAGGGUGGCAAUGAGGGCUGAGUCCUUCAUCCUGUGUCAAGAUAAGUUUUCAAAAAGUAUUUAUCAAGUCAUGAGAUUGCUUUUUCUCCCAGAGAACUAAUAGUUCUUUUGGAAUUAGUAAUAUUUCAGCCAAAGUUAAAAUUGAAAAGGAAACACUAAAAUUAACACAAUCAACAUGAAUACACACAAAAAUUUUACAAAUUCAUUUCUGCAGGAUAAAAGUUAAACCAAAGAAUGUUAUGGCUGAAGAAUUGUCUCCAUAGUCUCAUGAUUUGUCAGUCAAGACUUCCUCCUUGAUUUUGGAUGCCAGGAACUCAUCAAUAGCAUUUGGUACUGUAGUAUAAAAAAAAUCAGGAGAUGUAAGACAGAUUCAGGACAAGAGCCUGAAGCUUUCAGGCCAACUACCUGGUUUUCUGCAAGUAAUUCCCUGCCUUAUAGAAUAUGGAAGGGAAACAUAACAAUGGAGGUGUUGGUCUGACAUUCCAUAUGUGUGACAAGACAUAGGUAUGCCCCACUCACAAAUUAAUAAGCACAAGCAUGUAAAUAUACACAUACGCACAGGCUUUAAAAACAUACAAACACACAUACACGCACACAGACACACACACACACAACAAAUAUUUAUGGUGACUAACAGAUUGUUUGAGGAUACAAGUUCACUAAGAAGCAUACUCAUAUCUACAUGGUUUUGCACGUAUUGAACAAGUUUUAACUUUAUUUAUUGCAGAUUUUACAGGAUGAAUUUUCAGAAAAAGUGUUCAGGCCUGGAGCUGUAUGACAACAGUAACCCUACAUUUUUCUUUUGUAGAUCAAUAUUAUUGCAGAGCCUUGUGUUGUACACUGAACCUCUGAAUGACCUCUUCCUUAAAGGAACUACCAAGAUAGUACUUGGAGCUGGAGAGAUGGUUCUACAGUAACUAACUCUAGCUCUUCUUCCAGAAAACCCACAUUCCAUUCCCACCCCAUAUGGUGAGGACUCAGGUCCAGCAGUAACUCAAGUGUCUUAGGAUCUUACUCCCUCUUCAGGCCUCUGUUGCUGCUGUAUUCAUGUGACACAGAAAAUAUGCAAACGGAACACACAUACACAUAAAAUUAAGAAUCAAAGAAAAUUUUUGAUUCCAUGAAAUGAGUUGUGUUUUCCUUCAACCACUAACAAAGAAUAAUGAGAUUACCUCAUUUUCCUAAUUAGCCUUAGGGAACAGAUGUAAGAUUUCAAUUUAUGUUUUGAUAACACAGAUUAAAGACUCAAAAUAAGCUGUUCUCACACAAUUGCAGAAUGUGUGUAUGUAUGUGAUAUGUGUCCCUUUUUACAAAACAGAAUAUACUUUACCCAUGUUCUCUAUAUUUAUGCUGUGACUUUAAUAUUUCAAUAGAAGAUGUUCUGAAAUUAUAAUUAUGACUGGCAAGAUGCAUGAGAGUGAUUCAGAGUGUUUGCUCUCCCAGAAUGAGAAUUGAGAUUAAAUUUUAUUGUAAGUGUAGAAACAAAGCCUGAUUAGAAAUGACUGUACCAUAAGUUCUCGGAUGGGGAGGAGGAUAAAGACAGAUGGAGCAAUAAUUUAGGCUUUAGAUAGCCUAAGAGAAGUGCCAAAGUUCAAGUUCAGUGAUAUGUCCUUUCACAAAUGAAUAAGAUAGAAAAUGACAAAGCAGGUAAGACACUGAGCAACCUCUGUCUUCUGCACUUAGAUGCAUUACUACACACACAUGCCCAGCACAUAGUCAAUCACAUAUAAUAGACAUGGGCAUAACAUAUAUGGAACCUCAAACAGAGAGAAUCAGACAGAAAAUGUCAUUAAUCCAUAAUCUAAAAUUAUCUUUAAUUAUCAAAUGUCUAUAAUCAUAUAAUAAUUAUAUCUAUAAUUCAACCAAUAUUUAUUAUGUACUAUGUAUAUAAUUAUAAAAACUACCAAGAAAAGCAGGAUAGACAAACUGAUAAAGGCAUAAUCGUAUGAGAUAAAUCCCUGCAGUAAGAUCAUGGAACCACACAUGUUAUCCUAUUCUCCUGAAGAAACCUGUAGCAAGUCCAAACAUACACAUUCACACACACACACACACACACACACACACAUAUCAUAAUCAUCAUCAUCAUCAUUUUUUAAACUUUUAAAGGAAUCCAGUUCCCUCUAGUUAUUGUUAUGGCCUCUAUCAGCCAUUUUCCCCAGCCGAUAUCAUUCUUUUGUGAAUUCCCAUAUGCCUGCAGAAGCACUCUUUAACUCAGACUCUACACAUGCAACACAUUAGCUUGGAUCCAGGUAGACUAUCUAGCCCAGCCCUGAUACAUUAAGGACUUUUCAGAGUAUUCUCAGACCUGAUCUGCUUCUUUCCUAGCAACUCUUCCUAUACUACUCCUACCUUGCACAAAUUCACUGCCAUUCUUAGCCAAAACCAGAAUAACCACUAUUUCUUCCACUGUUGCCCUUUGUAGAACCAGCCUCCCAAUCAUGAUUCAGAGAAAUUAAUCAUCAGUUCCUUUCACCUUCUGAUAGUCUGUCACAUACAUCAGGGAGUUAGCCUGGUCUAGCUGCCUUAAGAGGCAUGCUUCAUAGGUUCAUAUGUCAGUGUCCAGAGCUCCUAGGUUACUGUGCCUUCAGUUCCUGAGAAGCUGAGGAACUGGCUCAGGCAGUGAAUAAUUCAGGCCUCCUUGUAUUUCUCUGUAUUUCUUAGAAUUCAGUGAAAUAUAUAAACUGAACAGGACACAUUUGUCUUUGGCAUUACUCUGAUGUGUCCUGUAUUGCUUGCAAAUGUCAUUGUGUCCUACUAUUGUCGUUAACCUACCAGACAGCAUUAUAUUCUGGUUCUGAUAAAGGUAUAAAAAGUCUGAGUGCUCCAAUAAAUUUGUCUCAGCCAAAGACAAAUUUGGCUUCCUGAGACCCCUCCACUAGAAUUUGGUUAAUAUUUCUGUCUCAUCAGCCAUAUCAGGUAACCAUGGCCUGGUAAAUAAAAGCAGGUACUUACAAUGUACCACACAUACAGCAUCUUGGACUGCUUAGUCUUAAGGCAGAGAUUCAACGAGAACUGAAGAUCCAUGUCAGGGUUCAGACUAUGAACCCUAAAAGACAGAGUAACUCCAAGAUGGAUAUCAAGUAUAGUUCAUCUGGCCUACAAUUUGUCAUAUUGGGAUACAAGAAACUCAAUACCUGAGUUCCCACUCAUCAAAAGUAUGACUAGAUAUCCAUAACAAGAAACUGCACAAGCAUCAUAACAACAGAUCUCUAGAGCACAGCAGAAAAAUUACAAACACUAACAACCAAGGUAACUUCUUCACAAGACAGCAAACCUAUCAUAACAUGCCAUGAGGAAACAGUUAACUGAAUCACAAGGAGGGGUUUUCAAAUAGCAAUUAUGAAUAUGUCUGAGGAUCUUGAUAGUGAUACGAAUAAAUGCCUCAGUGAAAGCCUGUGAAAACAAACAGUUGAAUGAAUUAAGGAAAAUUGCUCAGGACCUCUACCUUCUACAACAUACAAUGUUCAUUUAAAAAUGCUUUUUAAAGUAAAGUUGAGAAUCAUAAACAUAAGAUGGUAAUAAAGGACUGCAAAUA